AGGUUUGCCAAGUGGCAGCAAGGCACUUGAGAAAUCAAGUGCUCUUCAUUAAGAACAGCGUCUCCUGGUCAGGCGCACACAGCCUUGGCAGCCAGGAAGGUUCUUCUUUCUCAACGGCCCAUGAGGUGCCAUUUGAGCAGGGACUGUGUGUGGGGUUUUUUGGUGGGUUUUUUGGUUGGUUGGUUUUUUCCCAAGUUUUUUUUUUUUUGUAUGGUCUAAUCAGUAUUUAUUGGGGAGAAAAAAAAAAAACGAGUCCUAAAACACGUUUUACUUAGGUAUGAUUGCUGGGGCCUCUGGGUUCUGGAUGAUUCUGGCAGCACGCCUGCUGAGAGCCACGCUUACUGAGGAGAAUCCAAAAGGCAACAGACGGUAGGAUUCCUGGGUGUGGAGAGGCUGGGGCAGAGGGCACGUCUUCUGUCCUUUUGAAAGAUCUUGCCAAAGCGGUGUCUAGCCACACGCCCCUGCCCUCCGCCCUCCCCAUGGGAGGGGACAGACAGAGCUGUGUCCUGGGCUUCGACACUUGAGGCACCUUCCCAUUCUGGUCCGACACUGCCAGCCUGGACUAGAAGAAGCUUCUGGACACCGGGAGAAAGCAGCUCAUGACCAAACCGAGAGGCUGUGUGGUAGGAUCCCACCUCUGAUGCUCUUCUAGCAGGUCGGCUCAGCAUGUCGGUCAGCGUCCACGAGACCCGCAAGUCGCGGGGCAGCACGGGCUCCAUGAACAUCACGCUGUUCCACAAGGCCUCGCACCCCGACUGCGUGCUGGCGCACCUCAACACGCUGCGCAAGCACCGCAUGUUCACCGACGUGACGCUCUGGGCCGGCGACCGCGCCUUCCCCUGCCACCGCGCCGUGCUGGCCGCCUCCAGCCGCUACUUCGAGGCCAUGUUCAGCCACGGCCUGCGGGAGAGCCACGACGACACGGUCAACUUCCAGGACAACCUGCACCCCGAGGUGCUGGAGCUGCUGCUGGACUUCGCCUACUCGUCGCGCAUCGUCAUCAACGAGGAGAACGCCGAGUCGCUGCUGGAGGCGGGCGACAUGCUGCAGUUCCACGACGUGCGGGACGCGGCCGCUGAGUUCCUGGAGAAGAACCUGUUCCCGUCCAACUGCCUGGGCAUGAUGCUGCUGUCGGACGCCCACCAGUGUCGCCGGCUCUACGAGUUCUCCUGGCGCAUGUGCCUGGUGCACUUCGAGGCCGUGCGCCAGAGUGACGACUUCAACAGCCUCUCCAAGGACACUCUGAUGGACCUCGUCUCCAGCGACGAGCUGGAGGCGGAGGACGAGCGCGUGGUCUUCGAGGCCGUGCUGCAGUGGGUCCGGCACGACCUGGAGCAGCGCAAGGCCCACCUGCCCGAGCUCCUCCGCGGCGUGCGGCUGGCCCUGCUGCCCUCCGACUGCCUGAAGGAGGCCGUGUCCGGAGACGCCCUGCUCAUGGCGGACGAGCGCACGCGGCUGCUGGUGGACGAGGCGCUGCGCUGCAAGGCCCGGAUCCUGCAGAAUGACGGCGUGGUCACCAGCCCUUGCGCCCGGCCACGCCGGGCCGGCCACACACUGCUCAUCCUCGGGGGCCAGACCUUCAUGUGCGACAAGAUCUACCAGGUGGACCACAAGGCCAAGGAGAUCAUCCCGAAGGCGGACCUGCCCAGCCCCCGCAAGGAGUUCAGCGCCUCGGCCAUCGGCUGCAAGGUCUACGUCACGGGGGGCCGGGGCUCCGAGAACGGGGUCUCCAAGGACGUGUGGGUGUACAACACGGUCCACGAGGAGUGGUCCAAGGCGGCGCCCAUGCUGAUCGCCCGCUUCGGCCACGGCUCCGCCGAGCUGGAGAACUGCCUCUACGUGGUCGGGGGCCACACGUCGCUGGCUGGCGUCUUCCCGGCCUCGCCGUCGGUCUCACUGAAGCAGGUGGAGAAGUACGACCCCGGGGCGAACAAGUGGACCAUGGUGGCCCCGUUGAGGGACGGCGUCAGCAACGCCGCGGUGGUGAGCGCCAAGCUGAAGCUCUUCGUGUUCGGCGGCACCAGCAUCCACCGGGACAUGGUGUCCAAGGUCCAGUGCUAUGACCCGUCAGAGAACCGGUGGAACAUCAAGGCCGAGUGUCCGCAGCCCUGGCGCUACACCGCGGCCGCCGUGCUGGGCAGCCAGAUCUUCAUCAUGGGCGGCGACACGGAGUUCACGGCCGCCUCCGCCUAUCGCUUCGACUGCGAGAGCAACCAGUGGACGCGGAUCGGGGACAUGACCGCCAAGCGCAUGUCCUGCCACGCGCUGGCGUCGGGCAACAAGCUCUACGUGGUGGGGGGCUACUUCGGCACCCAGCGGUGUAAGACCCUGGACUGCUACGACCCCACCUCGGACACGUGGAACUGCGUCACCACCGUGCCCUACUCGCUCAUCCCCACGGCCUUCGUCAGCACCUGGAAGCACCUGCCCGCCUGAGGAGGCUGCGGAGCCAGCCAGAUGCUGUGUGUUUCUCCCCCCCCACGGCCGUGGCCCUCACUCUUGCACGUGGCCCUGACCUUGUCUGUGGGUCGCUCUGCCUGGCCCAGUGCUCUGAGUGGCCAGAAGCCGGCCCACCAGCCCUGGGAGCAACGGCCUCGGGGGCUGCUCCGAGCUUCAGGGAAGAAGAGCCGUCUCCCGCGUCCUGUGGGUCUGGCUGAGGCCUUGCCUGCUUUGUGGUGGUUUGCGGGGGGAGAAGACCUUCCAGGGGGCCGUGGACGGACAGCAAGAGUCCCUCGGCCUGGAGGAGAAAGACAUGUCUGCAGAGCCUUGAGGGCAUCCUGGACUGGGGCGGGGGGCUGGGAGGGCUGGGCGGGUGUGGGACAGCACAGUCUUGGGCUCCGGGCUUCCCUGGUGGUGUUGUAAAGUCUCCCCACACAGGACGCCCCAGCCCCUGGGAACUGGGUGCUGAGACUGGAUUGUGCUGUGGGGAAAGUCUUAAGGGAGAGAACCGUUCAGUGACAGCCACCGGGCCUUCUCAGCAAAUGACCUCCAGGCCACCAGCGUUAAAUAGGCUCCCAAGAGGCGGGCCUCACCCCCAGCGACCCCACCAUCUCCCGAGUGCACGCACAGGUGUGCAGGGACCGUGGGGGGCAUGUGCCCAUGGGGCUGCCCAUCACCUCCCCCAGAGCCCAGCCCAAGAGGCAGUGAUGACCCCAUUUCCUGCCAGGAGCACACUGACCCCAGAAUUGGACCCUACCUGCCCAGACCAGGAGCAGAUGUGAGCUGGGGCCCACUGGGGGACUCCAGGGUGCCCACGACAGACCCCACCACGGGCUGGACUCAGCUUGGAGAGGAUGACAAAGCCCUGUGACGCUGGCCUCUCAAUCUUCCAACUGGUGAUGGGGUCUGGCUCACGUGUCCCCUAAGCUCAAAACGUGACAGUGGUUGCAAGAGAACUGCCAAGCAUUUGUUCAUCCUCCCACCUUCCAAGUAUUGGGCACCUCACAGGUCCAGCCGCAGCCGCGGGCUUCUGGAAAGGUCGGCUCCUACCGGUGCCCCCUCACCUAGCAUUUGAGGGUCUGGGCUUGUCCCUUGCCUGCCCUGGUGCACCCAAAUAGGCUGUACUACUCGUGGGGCCGGUUGCUUCCGAGUUGGCCCUGCCCCCUUACAGGACCUCUGUGCUGGCUCCGGGCCUGUGGGUGUCCCUGGGGCCCCAAGGGCAUGAUUGGCCCACAGGUGUGCACCAGCCAUAGGCCAUCUGCUUCCCCUGGGGAAAAAGCAGAAGGCACGUCUCCAGGUUCCUGGGACUCCACGGCCCCCUCCUGUGUCUGAGGCUACACCUUGCUCUCGGUGCUUCCUCUCAGACACCCAGAAGCCAGCGGCCUGGUCCCCGGAGAUGGCUCAGCCCGAGACGCCAGGGAAGCGGCAGCCCCAGUCCAGCGCCCGCACCUCCUGGAGGGCCCCUGGCCUGUUGGAUUGCUGCGCUCGGCACAGGUCUGGCAGCACAAAGGACCUCACAGUGGUGCUUUCUCCACAAGUUGUGUUGUUUUUACCCAUUUCUAACUUAAUAAAAGAGUUGAGAAAUCUUGC